AACAAAAACCUCUCAACGUCCGUCUCACAACUUUCUACAAAUUUCUCGUCGUCUUCGUUCUCUGCUGCUCCAUCAAUGUCGGAUAACUAUCCCGAUGGUGAUGAGACAAACCUCUCCGCUGCCGUUAUCCCAAAUCGUAUCAGGCUCUUCGAGGAGAUACAAGCCCAGCAGCUUGAGCAGCUUCAGUCUCUCCCACACGAUCUGAUCAAGAUUACAAUUACAUUGGGAGAUAUCAAGGAGGUGAAAGAAGGGAAGAGAUGGGAGACGACCCCAAUGGACAUCGCAGUGCAGAUUUCUAGGGGUUUGGCAAAUUCUGCGCUGGUUUCUUCGGUUGAUCAUGUCCUGUGGGACAUGAUUAGGCCCCUGGAAGGUGAUUGUUCGCUUGAGAUUUUCGGAUUUGACAGCGACCAAGGCCGUGAUACUUUCUGGCAUUCUAGCGCCCACAUUCUAGGCCAGGUUCUCGAGCAGGAAUUUGGGUGCAAGCUAUGCAUUGGACCCUGCAAAAGCAUAGAUGAGGGCUUCUACUACGAUGCAUUUUAUUAUGGCGAUCUGGGCUCAAACGACGAUCAUUUUCCAUACAUCGAAGCAGGUGCUGCAAAAUCUGCUCUGGAAGGACAACCAUUUGAAAGGAUUCUAGUGACCAAGGAUCAGGCUCUUGAGAUGUUUUCUGAUAAUUUAUUUAAGCUUGAAAUCAUCAAUGACAACUUGGCUGAAGACGAGACCACUACAGUCUACAGAUGUGGCCCAUUGGUUGAUCUGUGUCGUGGACCACAUAUACCAAAUACUUCCUUUGUGAAAGCUUUCAAGUGUUUGAAGGCUUCAUCCGCACACUGGAAAGGUGACAAAGACCGCGAAAGCUUGCAGAGAGUGUAUGGGAUAUCUUAUCCGAAUAAUAAGCAACUCAAGGACUAUCUUAAGUCUAUAGAAGAAGCCAAGAUAUAUGACCACAGACUCUCGGGCCAACAGCAGGAACUUUUCUUUUCUCACCCACUCAGUCCUGGAAAUUGUAUCUACCUCCCACAUGGCACUCGCGUCUAUAACAAGUUGAUGGAAUUCUUCAAGAAAGAAUAUUGGAAAAUGGGUUACACUGAGGUCAUUACACCAGUUAUUUACACCAUGGAUUUCUGGGAAACAUCAAGACAUGCUGAAUACUACCAGAAAAAUAUGUUCAAGUUAGAUUUUCAAACACCCGGAUCGACUGUCAUACAUAACUACGGGAUCAAACAUAUGAAUUGCCAGGGUCACUGCUUGAUGUUCCGACACAGUGUUCGCUCAUAUAACGAAUUACCCAUUAAACUGGCUGACUUUGGACCGUUGUAUCAAAAUGAGGCAAGUGAAGAUCUUAGUGGGUUGACCCGUGUCCGACAGUUCCAACAGGAUGAUGCACACAUAUUCUGUAGCGAGACGCAGGUUAAAGAAGAAGUGAGAGGUAUAUUGGAUUUUGUUGACUAUGCUUACACAAUAUUUGGCUUUACCUAUGAGCUAAAGCUUUCAACGCGGCCAAAAAAAUACCUUGGAGAUUUGGAAAAAUGGGACAAAGCUGAGAAGGAUCUUGAAGAAGCACUAAAUGAUUUUGGAAAGACAUGGGUUAAAAACAAAGGAGACGGGGAAUUUUAUGGCCCAAAGAUAGACAUAACAGUGUAUGAUGCAAUGAAAAGGAAAUUCCAGUGUGCUACUAUACAGCUUGAUUUUCACCUUCCUGAUCGCUUCAAACUGGAAUAUUCAGCUGAGGAUGAAACGGAGAUAGAGAGUUCUGUGCUGAUACAUAGUGCGGUGUUGGGCUCUGUUGAGCGUCUUUUUGCCAUAUUGUUGGAACAGUACAAAGGAAAAUUGCCCUUCUGGCUUAGUCCCCGCCAGGCCAUAGUUUGCUCUGUUUCAGAGGAUUCUCGUUCCUACGCAAACAAGGUGAGAGAUCGAAUUCACGAAGCUGGCUACUAUGUUGAUGUUGACACAACAGAUAGAACCGUCACUGAGAAGGUGCAAGAAGCUCAGGUUGCACAAUACAACUACAUACUGGCCGUGGGUGAUGAAGAGGCUAGAACGGGACAGGUGACUGUUUGGCUAAGAGACGAAAUGAUGAGCAUCGAGACUCUGUUGGAUGAAUUCAAGUUGAAGACGGCCAACUUUCUCUGAGACCCUAGGGGUUUAUGUUUUCUUUGUGUCUAGUGAUCAUAAGGAUUUGGGUUGAUAAUAAGAACUGAGAAUUCAU